AAAGUGAAAAACGAUUUGCGAAAUUGGAACAGAAGCGGACCCAGGUUAUCCCUAAUGAACAGGAAGUAUCCCCCGCAAAAGAUAUUUUUCCACCUAUCGAAGAUCAGUCCGGUAAAGAUAAUGUACAAUCUUCAAUGGAGUCUGAACUUCCUGCAACCUCUUUGCCACAAUCAGCUGAGACUCUAGAUUUUGUAGAAACGGUACAUAAAGAACGGGUUAGUAAAGAGAUAAUGGAGGGAAUUAGGGAAAAGAAACUCCGGGAACAAAACUUAUCUUCGGAUAAUACUUCACCAGAAGAGGUGAUACCUGAGGUAUCGGUUCCUUCAACUUCGAUAUCCAGAAACACUGAACUCGGAAA